UUCGCAAAGACCAGAAAGGUCGAAAAACUCACGCACACGCACGCUGUAGAUAUCUCUCUGCGGGGAGCAACCGAACUUGAAGAUGGACGAGUACUUGCAGUACAUGAAAACCUUGCGGUCUCAGAUGAACGAUGUGGAGGAUCAAGCGGCGAAGAUUUCAGUCGAAGAGCAAAUGCAGUUAACCACCAUUCAAACCAUGGAAAACGAUCUUAAUUCUGCAAAAUCUGAAACAAAGAAACUAAAAGAAGAUACCGAGCAAAUGAGGAAAGAGAAGGGUCAGAUAUGCUCACAGAUACUAGAAAAACAGAGAAGGAUUGCCUCUUUGGAGUCUGAUUCUUCAACUCUUACACAGACGUUGGACCUUAUUCAACAAGAAAAAGCCAGCUUCUCCGCCAAACUUAUAGAGAAAAGCAUCUACUACACCAAAGUUGCAGAGGACAUCAAUUGCAAAUUACAGGAACAACAGGAUUGGGUCAAUUCUCAUGACAUAAGCAGAGAGUUGGGAGAACAUGGUUUGGUCAAGACAAGAGUCGAUGAGCAAACAGGAGGGAAGUCUGGCAUUAAUAGCGAUCUCAUUAUGGACAAUCUGGGGAAUGAAGCAAAGAUGAGCCUGGCGGUGAAACUAGACUCUGCUAAAGCCAACCUCAAUGCAAUUUCAGAAAUGAAAUCCAACCUUGUCAUGGAGAACAGCAAGAUGAUGCAGCUUCUUGAGCAAGUGAGGUGCAGGGCAAAUGAAUUUAAGCCAGAACUUAGAGCAAUGGAUAUUAAGACCCUGGAAGAGGAACACAGAGCCCUUCUAUCAGAUAAAGCAGGAGAAACUGAGUAUUUGCAGUCUCUGCUAGACCAAAUUGGAAAACUGAAGGGAAUUUCCCAUGUUGUUAAAUGUGCUUGCGGAGAGGAAUACGAGGUGGGUGUGGACAGUCAUGGAUAAAAAAAUGUGAAAUAAGUACUUGAAACUUGGAGAAUUCAGUGACUAAGAAAGAAAGCAUUAGUGACUCGCUCUA